AUCAGUACGAGCGCAGGCAUUCAAGUACUGCCGUGCUAAAGAUUCUAAAGGUACUGGGUGAUACAGACGCAUGCACUGUACGCCACGGCUCGGUUCUUUCCCUGCUGCAGACCUGACGAAGGCUUCGUUUUCUUUAACUGUGGGAUGUCUUCCACAAGCUACCUUCUGGGACACUUUGAAGCCCUAAACUGGCGUCCCUUGCGAUUUGUGGAUCUCCCGUCGACAGUGUCGUGUGACUUGUGCUCCGUCAUUCCAGAGAAGAUCUUCAGGCUCCAAUGUUUCCAUUCCCUUUGUGAGGGAUGUUACCAGACCGUUCUUCGAAGCGACCGACGGUGUCCACGCGACAAGCAAGGCCUUGAUGAAAGUGAAGUGGAAACUUCAAUAAUCCGAACGACACAUCUGCAGAAACUGGAGAUUCACUGUUGCAACUUUAACCAUGGCUGCACCUUCGUCGGAUCGCUGGAACAAAUGAAAUCUCACUACUUGAAGGAUUGUGAGUUUCAUUCAUUAACAUGUCGGAAGUGCUGUGCCACGGUGUUCCGUAAAGAUAUAAUCAGCCAUUACAUGGAAGAAGAAUGCGGGGCACAAAAUAGACCGAGGGAAGAUGUUGACAUUGACAGCAGCGUCGUCGGGAUUGGAAGAGAGAUCAACGCCUCACUAUCAGAUAUAGCGGAUAAGCUACGUGCUAUGGAAGACCAAUUAAAUAGCCAUGCUGCCGGGAUCGACACUACGAAAGACUGCGUCGGGAAUUAUGCGCAAGUACUCCGCACGAUUCAAGAGGAACAUAGGCUUUCCACAGAAGGUGUGUCGAACUUGGCCUCUCGUCUGCAUACGGUUACGGAAGCGCUAUCGUCUAUUAAAGACCAAUUUAGCAACGAAGUUGGACGUGGCGCCGAAGUUCGGAAUAUCGUUACUUCAAACCGGGACAGGCUGACUGCUCUGAUCGAAUUGCAAAAAGAAGUAGCUCAGAACGUAGUGACAUCUGGUGAAGGGCAGAAACAAUGCUCCGAAAAACUUGAAGGGAUGUCGAAACGUAUGCAAGAUCAUUCGUCCUCAACUGACGACAAACUGAGCAGCAUGAAAGAUAUCCUCCGAACUCUACGAGUUUCAAAUGGAUGCGGAGGCAACGUUGGCUUUUUUCACGUCCAAGACGUCGACGAGCUUAACAAGAAAGCAAAUGAGAAGGGGUUUGCGAUAACCUACUCUGACGUUUUUGCAUUGUGUGGCUACUCCGUAAAGUUAGGUGUGAAAUUCAAACAAUGUGAUGGCAUCAUGUGCAUAGGUGCUUGUCUGUGUAUUUGUCGUGGCACCAACGACUCCCUCUUGAAAUGGCCCUUCUCAUUGCCCUAUACACUCACCUUGGUGCAUCCAUCUGACGAGAAAAAGAAUACUCGGCAUUGUGUUGAUGUACCAAACACGUUUAAAACGUUUCCAGAAUGUUUCAAUAGGCCUGUCGAAAGUGUAAAUGACGGCUUCGGCUUCUUUAAAUUGUGCAAACUGGAAGAUGCAGUGAAUGCCGGUUUUGUUCACGAGAACUCAAUUACUGUUGGCGUUACCCUCGUCAUGAGCAGUAUGUGACUGAAGCUAUGAGCCCAAAAGCACCAGCUUCUUGUGUAUUAACCGCCAUGAUAUAUGGGUCACUGCAGGAAUUUAAGAACCUCAUGUAAGUGUGUACACUAAAUACAUAGUGUCUAAUAUAACUGUGGUCAGAAUCGUG